AAAAAUACUAGCACUUUCUACAAUCACAACACGCAACAAUGCAACUAUUUCUGUCCUAUUUAACCAUGAUGCAACCUCAAACCAAAUCAAAAGCAAGCAAAUGGCAGCAUUCAUCACAAAUCAAUCAUUCCAUGGCUAACCAAUCCAGGAUGAACCAUGAACUUCAAGGUAGCCAAAAUAAUGUUAGGCCCUUACACCCCUUUUAUCAUCUUUUCUGCUGUUUUAAUUGGUGCCAUUCUAGCAUUAGCAGCAUACCGUCUCAUUCACUUGAUCUAUUACAUCAUGUCCCAAAGAGGACAACAUAGGAACAACAACAUAAGGCAUGUGAAGGUCAAGAGUGGUGGGGUCCCAGUUGAAAUCCUCAACAAGAUCCCAAUUCUCAAAUUCUCAUCAACCCAAAACAGUGAAGAAGAAAUCUUUCUUUUGGAUCAUAGUGAAUGCUACAUUUGCCUUGGAGAAUGGGAAGAUGGUGAACAAGUGAGGUUGUUUCCUUCAUGUAACCAUGCAUUCCAUGCUUCUUGCAUCGAAGCAUGGUUCAAGAUCCAUGCAAAUUGCCCUGUUUGUCGUUCACCCAUCAUGUGUGAACGACUGACUGGGCAUGCUUCAGAACAAAGGGUAUGCUCGCAUGUGCCUGAAACUCCAAGUAAUCAUCAUAAUGAUAAUCAAGUCUUGCCUGCUCAUCAUCAUCAAUCAAUGAAUAAUGAUGUUGCUGGUUCCAUGUCAAGAUUUCAACGACCAUGUCCUCCUCUGUUGCUUCACUCCGUUUCUUUCUCCACCUCAAACAUGCCGAAAAAGCCACGUGUUGUGGGAAGGUGGUUGAAGAGAUCUUUGUCUGAGAAUCAGUCAUCUAUAUAUGUUGGAAUUACCACCAUACAAAGAGGUUGUGAAACGGCUUCCACUACUACUACUUCAUCUACCAUAGAGGUUGUGAUGAAAUCAAGACCAAUUAGGCAUCUUGAUCGAAUGUCUUCAUUGUUGAUGAGAUCCUUCUCGCAAUUUCGGAAUAUUGGAUCUGUUAGAUCUAAUCAGAUUCUUCCAAAUUGAGAUCAAGCUCAUUUUUUUGCAUUAAAUGGUUUUAUUAGUACUUGCCAUGAAUCAUGACCGGCCUAAUAAGUUGAUUGUGGCCUCAUUUUUUCUUCUCUUCAAGCAAAUAAUUUCAAGCAUCACAUAGCUCAUUAAAAGAGAUGCAUUAGAAUAUAGAGAUUCUUGUUCUCAUGGAAUAUAUUGGGUGAAUCUUACCUCCUCUUUCUUCAUUCAUCAUCACUGAUAUACUUACCCUGGCGCCUGAGAGUUCUAGUGAUGGGAUGCCACAACCACAAUUAUGGAGCACUUUCCACAACAUUUGGUGUAUGUUUGGAUUUAUAUUUUGACAACAACGUGACAAAAAUCUUACUUCUCCUUUAAUGCACUGAGGUAUAUAUUUUUCCCACGGUGCAAAUGAGGAACCAAAAUGGCACUAAGACAUUUUUCAGGGAUCAGCUUUUCACACAAUUAUUUGGUGGGUUCUCAAGUGUGUGUUUAAAUUUCUGUUAAAGUACUUUUCUUCUUUUCGGAUACGGAUAUUUCAAUCGAAGUGCUUUUAACCAUUGCUAAUGGAAAUCCAAACUUACACUAAACCAUUGCUCCAUAUGAAUGAUGACACAUAUAUAUAGAAGGAUCUAUGGUUGUGAAGACAUGCAAAUGCUCAGGUUGUUUUUUUUAAAGGCAAAUGCUCAGGUAGUGUUGAGAAGUAUUGAAGUGAUGAAUGAAUAGCAAGUAUGUUUGACGAAUUUCUUCAAGAUGGUUCUUUAUUUGAUUUAGUUUCAAAUUCUUGUUUCUGAAUCAAAGGUAUCUCCUUCGGACCCUAGCUCCUUGAGGAGGCGGCUCUCAUUUCAUGGUCUUUUAACAUAAGACUAUGUUUGGCAAGGGUUUCUUGAUCUAAGUUUCUCUUUUGUCAAAAUUGGUUUAAGAUGUUACUCAAAGUUAAUAAUUUGACUAAAAUUAGGAGUACACACGGAUUGAGUUGAUUUAGGUUUGGAUAAAAAUAGAAUUCGAGCUAAUCAAAAUUAAUUGGUUUAGUUUGAUUCGAUUUCUUUAAAUUAGAGCGGGGAUCAUAGGGGAC